UCAUGAGUCACAGAUUUCAUUCUCAUCGCUUUCUCUCUCCAACUGAUAAGAAACGUAGUCCCAUGUGGGCUUUUAGGAUCCACUCACUCGCCUCUAACUCUUGUGUGUUCCUUCUUUCCACUUCAAACUUGUGAGCUAGAAACACCCUUCUUUUUUCAUUCUUUCCAUUCUUCUUCUUCUCUGUUCUUCCUUCAAUGGCCUUACAUCGCUCCUGGGUCUCUGCCUAACGUGAAAUUGGCCUCAUUUUCCAUCUGGGUAUUGUGAAUUGGGAUUGAGACUGCGUUUUUUCGCUUCUGGGCCUGGCUCAGAAGUCAGAAUGAUGUGUGUGACAGGCAAAAGCAUUGAUUUUGCUGGCAAAAACUUGGUCUCUUGUGGCUGUUCUUCCAAUGCUUCGUUUGACAGGUACACUGUGAGGAGCUGCGUGAAGGUGAAUUCCAAAGGGUGUGGUGGCAGUGGCAGAGGCCAUGGGGCUCGUAAAUUGGUUUGUUGUAGGAGGAGGAACACUCAAUGUCGUGUUUCUUCUAUGAAGACUGCGGAGCCUACGCUGAAUGGGGGGACUAAAGCAAUUGAAGGCCUUACCACAGGAUUGGACUUGAAGGGUUAUUCUGAAUCCCCCAUUUCGCCGGCUAGGUUGUUUGAAGUGGUUGCUGAUGAUUUGCUAACUCUCAAUAAAAAUCUUCAGUCGAUUGUAGGUGCAGAAAAUCCAGUUUUAAUGUCUGCAGCUGAGCAGAUUUUUAGUGCUGGUGGGAAGAGGAUGAGACCAGCUCUGGUGUUCUUGGUGUCAAGGGCAACUGCUGAGCUACUUGGCUUGAAGGAACUUACUGUAAAGCAUCGACGUUUAGCAGAGAUAAUUGAAAUGAUUCAUACUGCAAGUUUGAUACAUGAUGAUGUACUAGAUGAGAGUGACCUUCGACGAGGGAAGAAAACUGUUCAUCAAAUGUUUGGAACAAGAGUUGCAGUGCUGGCUGGAGACUUCAUGUUCGCACAGUCAUCAUGGUAUCUAGCCAACCUUGAAAAUAUUGAAGUCAUUAAACUUAUCAGCCAGGUUAUCAAAGAUUUUGCAAGUGGGGAAAUAAGGCAGGCAUCUAGCCUGUUUGAUUGCGAUUUACAUCUUGAUGAGUAUCUAAUUAAGAGCUAUUAUAAGACAGCGUCCUUGAUUGCUGCCAGCACAAAAGGAGCUGCGAUCUUCAGCGGUGCUGACAGCAGCAUCACUGAGAAAAUGUAUGAAUAUGGAAAGAAUCUUGGUCUAUCCUUCCAAGUUGUGGAUGACAUAUUGGAUUUCACUCAAUCCGCCGAGCAACUGGGAAAGCCAGCUGGCUCCGACCUUGCCAAGGGCAACCUGACUGCACCGGUAAUCUUUGCAUUGGAGAAAGAACCAAAGUUGAGGGAUAUCAUUGAGUCUGAAUUCAGUGAGGUUGGUGCCCUUGAUGAGGCCAUCAAUUUGGUCAAGGGUUGUGGGGGCAUUGAAAGAGCACAGGAGUUGGCAAAAGAGAAAGCUGAUCUUGCAAUUCAGUGUCUCCAAUGCCUUCCCCAGAGUGUGUUUCGUUUAGCUCUUGAGGAUAUGGUGGCAUAUAAUCUUCAACGGAUUGCAUAAGCUUAUGCAUGCUGAGGACCCCUUUAAAGAAUCACAAAAGCAUUCUUUUGGUAUAUAGGGAUGAGAGCCCUGAACUUUUUGUCAUGUCAAGAAUUUCCAACAAAUCUACUCCUGUGCUACUUUUGGGGCAUUAGUAUAGACAUUGAAGGACAAAGCAAGUGCGCAUUCUCAUCAUUUAAUAUAUUUUGAUGAGAACAUAAUAUAUUUCAUUAUUGUAUCAAUACACAUCUCCAGUAUAUUCUUUUUCCAAUCUUCCUUUCUGGAAUCUUGAAAACAGUAAUAGAAUAAAAAAUGAUGAUUGAUAUUUUUUUUUCUGA